AUGAGCGCCCCCUCCGUGCAGGCGCUCCCUCCCCCGCUGGAGCCCGGGGCUCAGCGGGGCAAGAUGUUCCUCAACCAGGCGGUGCACCUCCCGCAGGCCUCGCUGAUCGUCCAAACAGACCCGCUCGGGCACCAGACCACGGUGGCCCUGGCGCCGGCCCUGCCGGCCAGCGCCUGCCCGCCCGGGGUGCUGGUGCCCGACUUGAGCCUGGCCCCGCCCGACCGGGCCCCCUGGCUCGGAGACAUCCGGUGCCUGCUGGUCAGCAGUCCGGGGGACCGGCAGUUUGUGCUGAUCGUCCCGCCGGCGGCCCUGCUGCUGGGCCCGGGGCUGGAGUCGGUCCUCGGCGGGGAUGCCGAGGAUGCGGCCAGCACGCUGGCCGCCCUGCGGCCGCGCCAGCUCCAAGCCACGCCGCUCGCCUCGCGCGGGCCCAUUAGCUGCAUCCAGUUUUCGGCCGGGCCGCCGGUGGCCAGCAUGUCGCCCGGGCACUGGUCCGCCGGGCGGGGCGCCGGCCCGAGCGGCGCCCCACUCGGGGCUCGCCUGGGCUUCGGUCUGGAGGAGCUCGGCUCGCGCCUGCCCCCAUCGGCGGCCGCGCGCGAUGCUCGCCGCGAACGGCCCCUCUAUCCGGUCCUCGAGUACCGGGUGUGCUUCCUUUCCCGGGCCGACAGCGCGCCCGGCGGGCCUGCCGCCGGGUCGGGCCAGUCGCAGUCACAGCCGACGCAGCAGCAGCAACCGGCGCAGCAGCAGCAGCAGCAGCAGCAGCAGCAGCAGCAGAUGCACACCAUCCAGGGGGGGCGCCUGGCGGUGGCCUUCCACACCACGACUGCGGCGGCGGCGGCGGCGGCGGCCGCGGCCGCGGCGGCCACCACCACCGGCCUCGCUCCUCCCACCAUCCGCCUGACCUCCGGCCACUCGAUCGACCUGUCCAACACCCUUGAGGCGGUGGUCCAGCUGGACAGCUCCGAAUGGAUGAUCACCCACCCGGUGGAGGUUGGCACGGCGGCCAUUUGCCCGGUGCGCCCGGCGCCGCCGGGCAGCUCCGGCCCCGGCCCCGGCCCCGGCCCGGCCCCGGGGUUCCUCAUCCUGUCAAGCAACUCGCUGCUGUACUUCGAGCCCCCGACCGAUGCCCAGCUGCUGGAGGGGCUGGCCGGGCAGACCGGCCUGGCGGCCAGUGCCCUGGCCCCGGAUGUGGCCAUCGCCAAUGGCGGCCUCAUCCCCGGGGUGUGUGCCUUCUUGGACAGUGCCCGGCAUGUGCCGGCGUCCGGGGGCCGGCGUGGCGCCCGGCGCCCGGCUGAUGGCUCUCCCCCCGGGCAGCCGCCCAUGGAGGUCCAGCGUUUCGUCUGCGCCGACCGGGCCGGCUUCCUGUGGGCCAUGUACCUUCGCCGGCCGGGGUUCGAUCCGGGCGCCUCGCUCGCCGACCGGGCGGCCCGCACGCGCAUUGCCUUCCGCUGCCUGGGCUAUUCCACCUCGCCGACAGCGGUGUCGGUGGUCCGGCCCCCGAGCAACCUCAAUGGCUCGGAGUCGGCCAGUCUCUUUGUCACCUCGGCCUCGGGCAGUCAUGCCCUGGUGCAACUCCUGUCGGCCGGCUUGCCGCCCGGUCCGCCAUCCAGCCCGCCGGCCCCCGAGCCGCUGGGCUCCGAAGCCGUGUCCGGGCCCCGGGGCCCGGCCGAGCUCCUGGCCGGCGGCCGUCCCGGGGCCCUGAUCCACGCGGCCGGCGCCUCGUCCAAGCGCCCGGCCCUGGCCUUCCUGCGCUUUGCCUCGGUCAUCGAGUCCCUCGGGCCGGUGUUGGAUUUGGCCCCGGUGCCCGAGCCCGAGGGGACACUGCUUGCAUGCGCCGGAUCCCAGGCCGACGGCCGCGUGGCCGCCCUCUCGCAAGGGAUCCCCCUGGAGCUGGUGGGCCGCGUGCCGGUGCAUGGCCCGGCCGCCGGGUCGCUUGCCGACAGCUGGACAUGGAGCGAGCCGGACGACCGCGCGGUCCUAGUUUGGACCACCGGCCGGGAUGGGCCCCUGGCCGGGGCCAUUUUCCAAACCACCGACCCGGCCGCGCCUGUCCUCUUGACCGAGCCCACGCUGGCUCUGCUUGAUCGUCUGCGCCGGGCCCCACAUGGCCCGGAGGCGGGCCCCCCGCUGCUGGUCCUCCCUGGAGCGUCUGCCCCCACGGUAGUCCAUCCCCGGGGCAUCCUCACACUGACGGCCGAUGGCAUCGCCGACACCUGGACCCCGCCGGCCGAGUGGCAGGGGAUCGACGCGGCGGUCGCCUUCCCGACACCCGGGUCCAAUGCCACGUUGCCCGCACUCGUGCUUUUGCACCGCCAACGGACGGCCGUGGCCCUGGUGGCCCCCCCUGCCGGGCCGCACCAGUCCUGGGAAAUCCUUGACACCCGGGACUUUGCAUGCGAGGUGGCCACGGUCUGCCCGCUUGCUCAUCCAACUCGCACGGUGGCCGUGUCCCUCUGGGAUGGGACCCUGCAACUGGCGGCCUUCGGCCCGGGUACGCUGGCCCACCGGGCCAGCACCAUCCUCCGGUCCUUGGAGGAUCCGGUGGUGGCGCUGGUCGCGGCCGCGGUCGACAAGACCGAGACCUCCGGCUCGGCGUCCCUCCUGGUCGGCCUGACGGUCCGGGGGCGGGUGCGUCUGUUUGGCGCCUCGGACGCCGGGCUCCAGGCGCUGGGCGACCCGGCCUCCGGGGACACCCUCCCCGGCCGGGUUUUCGGCCCGCGAAGCAUCAUCCCCCUGGCAAGCCCCAUGGAUGGGCCGGCCUCGGGGAGGGGUCUUCGGCUCCUGGUGGCCGGCACCCCGCCGGCCCUGCUCACGGUGGAGACCGACAGCCGCGGGGCCACCGGCGCCUGGACCUCGCUGGCUCGAGUGGCCACGCAGCCGAGCAGGCUGGCCACCCGGGCCGACGGCCACAUCGACCCCUGCCCCCGGCCGCUUGGCCUGCAGGGGCACAUCCUCUGGGCGCACGAUGGGCAGCAGCUGCUGCUCUAUCGCCUGGCCCGGCCGGCGCGCGCGUGCGGCCUGCCCGCCGGGGCACCGGGCCUCGGGGGGACCCUCUGCGUGGCCAGCCUCCCGGCGGACAUCUUCCGCCUGGACCCAGCCCCGACCGGGGCCCCGACCACCACCGAACACCCGGGGCCCUCCUUCGAGUCGCCCUUCCGCCUGGCGGCGCACCCGGCCACCGGGUCGGUGGCUGUGUUGACCACGCGCCCGGCGGCGGGGCCCGCGGACUCGGACGCGCCGGGCCCCGCCCCCGGGCCCGACACCCCGAUGGCCGACGGCGACGCCCCCCUGCCGCCGGAGCACUUCAACCAGCAGGGCCUCAUUCGGCUUUUGUCCUUGGACCUGACGACCGAACGCGCCACCUUCGCCCUGGGCUCGGAUGAGACGCCGAUGUCGGUGACGACGGCGCGCGUGUCGCUGGACCCGGCGGCCGGCGCACCGGUCGAGGAAAUCCUGGUCGUCGGCACGGCCUUCAUCCUGCUGACCGAGGACGAGCCCUCGCGCGGGCGCAUCCUCCUCUUCCGUGUCCGGUCCCCCGGCCAGCCGGCGGCGCGGCCGGUGUCGCCCGGGUCCAUGUCCCGGGCGACCGGCGGCGCCGGCGCCGGCGAUGGGCCCGACGCCCAUGGCGGCCGCCCGGGGACCUGGGCACUGGAGCUCCUCUCCUCGGUGGACACCUUCGGCGCGGUGUACAGCCUGGCGGCCAUGAGCCCGGGGCGCCUGGCGGCCGGCAUCAAUGGCCGGAUUGUGGUGUACUCGAUCCAGGCCGACCGAGCGGCCGGGCCAUCGCCCGGGGACUCGCUGACGCUGGCCCUGCGGCCGGAGUCCGGCAUUUACCGGCACGCGCUGUGUGUGGCAUUGGACGCGCGCCCGGGGCGCCUCCCGGGCCCGGCGGGGGCCCGGAGCUCGGCCGACACCGGGGGGCCCUCCGGCACCGAGGACGCCCCCUUCGACCUGGGCCUGGCCGGGUGGCUGGGCCCGGCGCCGGGGAUCCCGGCCGGCGGGUCGCUCCCCUCCAGUGCCAGCCUGCCGGCGCUCGGGCGCCCGGAUGGCAAUGGCCCGGCCACCGGCCCCGGGCCGGCCACCGAGCAGGAAGCCGCCAUCACGGCCAACACCACGGCCUACCUGCAGUCGGACAAGAUUGCCGCCGGGGAUUCCAUGUCCGCGGUGACGCUGUACAGCUAUGGCACCGGCGGCCCGGGGCCCGGGUCGCCCGGGCGCGCCGGCUCCGGCGGCCCUGCCCGCCCGCCCGCGGGGCACAUCCAGUUCGAGAGCGAGUACCCGGAGAAUGCCUUCAUUUCGGCGGUCUGCUUUGCCGACGACUCGGGGCAUGACGUCAUUGCCGGGUCCAUCGACGGGACGCUCCUGGUGCUGAGCCACCCGCGCAGCACGCGGGCUGGUGGCCACCGGGCGAUGCAGGCCUCCCCGAGCGUGCACCAUGCGGGCAUGGGCUUCUCCAUCCGCCGGGUGGUGGCGGCCGGCUUGCGGCCGCGGUGGCGACGCCAUGUGGCCUCGGCCGGCUCGCUGGCACACGCCACCGACACCGACACCGACACCGCCGCCGGCCUGGUUGGCCGCGGCUUUGGCCGGCUGUGCCUGGACCCGGCCGGGCGCUUUGUGUAUGGCACUUCCGGCGGCGGGCUCCACACGGUGGAUGUCCUGCGCCCGCCGGCGGAGCCGGACCACCCGGCUGCCGGUGCCCCCGCCCCGGCCUCCGGCAGCUGGCCCCCCCCCACCGCCGGGGCCCUCUGGCGCCUGCUGGCCGACUUGCUGCUGCACCUGCACCAGCUGACUGGCAGCCUGCCCACCCCGGUGCCGCUGGCCGGCUUCGCUGGCCCCGACGCCCGGGACCAUGCACGCCUGGCCCUGGUCCAGCUGAUGGAAAAGGCCGCUGCCCGGGGUUUGCCGGCUGCGCGGAAACACCGCGCCGGCACGGCCGUCCUCCUGGAUGGCGACCUCAUCCGGGCCGUCAUCCGGCUCUGCCAGCGUGCGGGCGAAGGCUGGCUACUGCGUGUGCUCCAUCUGGCCGAUGUGUAUCUAUUGGACCUGGCGGAGCCGGAUUUGUACCGGCUCCUGGCUGAUGGCCUUGGGUGCUGA